CCUGUGCCGGAGUAAGACAGCGCCACGAGAUGAACACACACACUUUCAUACAAGCACAGUUCCAGCGUCAGGCAGUCAGUCUCUACUCGGACUGGCCAAGGCUGCCUCAGGCUAUCCAGCGCAACACUGAAAUAGACAGACAAGGAAUACAGUCAUGAAACCAGACAUACACACACAAACAAUAGGGGAUCUACAGCUGUGUGAGGAGCCGAACACACCCUCAGACCAGACGAAGGGAAGCAGAGUGUGUGUGCGCGUGUUUCUUUGACCCGUGGCUGUAGAGGAUUUUCCUGGUGUGUGACGGCACAAUACUUAUGUCAUCUCGCUUUCUCUACCUGAUGCGGUGGGAUUUCCUGUCCCUGGAGUUCAACAGCUGACCCACGCAGGCAUAGAAUCAGCUUCCCUGAGUUGGAAACCUGCAACACAGCUAAAGGUGCUGAGCAGUUGCUGGUACUUUGCUAGCCUUUCCUUGGACUAUUUUCUAAUUCAGGCAAAAAAUUACACCUUCUCAUGCUACAACUAUGAAACCACAGGCACAUUUUCUGCAGAGAUAGGCUACUUUGUCUGACACAGCAAAUAACCGACUGUCAUGGUUUAGCCUAAAAUAAUUGAACCGGGAAAGCCAACGUCAACUUUGUCCAGUCUGUUUUCUUUGGUAAUAAGAGGUGGGAGCUAGUACCUCUCAAAUGACUGACUGUGGCUGUACAUUCAUUCGGUUGAUUUUCCAAUUUGAUUUGUUUCUUAUUUCUUUGGGCGCAACUAAAAGGAAAAACACAAUUGACGUUUUUUUUGGUCGAUAUCCCCGGCUUUCGUGAACCACGCGUAGUACCUCUGCCCACACAACUCGAGCCUCGCAGCUGAUAUUUCACCUCAGUCACUGACAGUCACAUGUGCCAAGACGUCGUAAUAAACCAGAGUUUGACAUGGAGGGAGAAAACUCCAUUUAAGCUCUACAGGAUAAAUAAUUCACAAGGACAUUAUUCAGCAGCCUAACAGGAUGAGGAUGCAGGGAGAGAAACUGUUGCUGGUUCUUCUUCUGCUGCUGGGUGCCUGUCUCCAGUGGGUCCAGUCUGGCAUGUCCUCCCGGCACCGUGAUUCACACCGACGCCCCAGAGAGCACCGGGACCAUCGGCAGCACCGGAACAUCACGCUGGCCAUCAUCCUACCACAGAGAAACACUGCCUACCCCUGGGCCUGGCCCCGUGUGGGUCCGGCUCUGGACCGAGCCAUCAACACCAUCAACGCUGACCCAGCUCUCCUCCGCGGCCACCACCUGGGUUACGUGUUUGAGAACAGCGAGAACGAAGAAGGCAUCUGCUCUGAGUCCAUCGCCCCACUCAUGGCUGUUGACCUCAAGUUCGCCCACGACCCUUGGGCUUUCAUUGGGCCGGGCUGCGACUACACUUCCUCCCCAGUGGGCCUCUUCACCACCCACUGGGACAUCCCCAUGGUAACGGCGGGCGCCCCAGCCGUGGGCUUCAACGGCAUCAACAUGUACCCGUCCAUCACCAACACGGGCCCCACACACAAAAAGCUGGGCAAGUUCGGCCUCCAUAUCUGCAAGCACUUUGAGUGGAAGGAGCAGGUGCUGCUCAUGUUCAGUGAUAACAAGAAGGAUGACCGGCCGUGCUACUUCGCUGUGGAGGGCCUCUACACAGAGCUGCACUUGAACAACAUCACCUCGGUGGACCUGGUGUUUGAGGAGAACACUGGACCUGUCAACUACUCUGACCUGCUCCACAACAUCAAGCAAGAUGGCCGAGUGGUGUUUGUGUGUUGCUCUCCGGACACGUUCAGGCAGCUGAUGGUUCACUUCCGGCGGGCGGGCCUUCCUCAGGAGGAGUUUGUUUUCUUCUACAUUGACAUGUUUGGACACAGCCUGGACUCCCAGAAUGCUCAACCCUGGGCCAGAGGGGACCAAGACGACCUUGUCGCCAAGGAAGCCUUCCAGAGUGUGAAAAUCCUGACCUAUAGAGAACCCCAGAACCCUGAAUAUAAAGAUUUUGUGAGGGACCUGAAGACAGAUGCCAAGAGAAUGUUCAACUUUACGGUGGAGGACUCACUGAUGAACAUAAUCUCCGGAGGGUUCUACGACGGGCUGAUGCUGUACACCCACGCCCUGAACGAGACCAUGACCUCUCCAGAGGACAGACCUGUGGGGAAAACCGUAACAAGGAGGAUGUGGAACCGCACCUACAACGGUGUAACAGGCCUGGUGCAGAUAGAUGAGAAUGGGGACAGAGAGACAGACUUUGCUCUCUGGGACAUGAAUGACACCAACACCAGUGUUUUCCAGAUUGUGUUGGUGUACAACGGCUCUCAGAAGAAGCUGAGGGCCUUGCCUGGGAUGGACAUCCAGUGGCCAGGGGGCGCUGCUCCUUUAGAUGUGCCCGUCUGUGGCUUCAAGAACGACAACCCAGCAUGCCUUGCACGAACCAUCACAAUCCACCAGAUGGUAACAAUUGUGGUGUUCUUCAUCAUUAUCAUCAUCCUCACCAUUACUGUCUUCAUAUACAGGAAGCUGAAGCUUGAAAAUGAGCUGGUGGCUCAGCUGUGGAGAGUCUCCUGGGAGGAUAUUCAGAUGAGCAACAUGGAGAAAGUGCUGCGAAGCGCAGGCAGCAAGCUCACUCUGUCCCUGAGGGGCUCCAACUACGGCUCCCUAUUAACAGGAGAUGGAAACUUUCAGGUGUUUGCCAAGACAGGCUACUACAAGGCAAAUAUUGUGGCCAUCAAAUACAUCAACAGAAAACGCAUUGAGCUCACCAGAAACGUGCUGUUUGAACUGAAACAUAUGCGUGAUAUUCAGAAUGAGCACCUGACCCGCUUCAUCGGAGCCUGCAUCGACCCCCCCAACAUCUGCAUCAUCACAGAGUACUGUCCUCGGGGUAGCCUACAGGACAUCAUGGAAAACGAGAGCAUCACACUGGACUGGAUGUUCAGAUACUCUUUAAUCAAUGACAUUGUCAAGGGCAUGGCUUUCCUCCACAACAGUGUCAUUGUCUCCCACGGCAACCUGAAGUCGUCCAACUGCGUGGUGGAUAACCGCUUUGUGCUGAAGAUCACCGACUACGGCCUGUCCAGCUUCCGCACUGAGAGCAACACAGACGACGCCCAUGCUUACUAUGCCCGGAAGCUGUGGAUGGCCCCAGAGCUGCUGAGGUUGGAGAGACCCCCUCCAUGUGGCACACAGAAGGGAGACGUCUACAGCUUUGGCAUCAUUCUCCAAGAGGUGGCGCUACGCCACGGAGCCUUCUAUCUGGAGGGAGAGCCGCUCAGCCCCAAAGAAAUCAUGGACCGGGUGGCUCUGGGUGAGUGGCCCUGCCUGCGGCCUGCUGUCAACCCUCAGAUCCACAGCCAGGAACUGGGCCAACUCAUGCAGCGCUGCUGGGCAGAGGAGCCCACCGAGAGGCCCGAGUUCAACCACAUCAAACUGUUGCUACGCAAACAGAACAGGGAGUGCAGCACUAACAUCCUGGAUAACCUGCUGUCCCGUAUGGAGCAGUAUGCUAACAACCUGGAGGAGCUGGUGGAGGAGAGAACCCAGGCCUACCAUGAAGAGAAACGCAAGGCUGAGGCCCUGCUCUACCAGAUACUACCACAUUCAGUGGCUGAGCAGCUAAAGAGAGGGGAGACGGUACAGGCUGAGGCCUUUGAUUCAGUCACCAUCUACUUCAGUGACAUUGUAGGCUUCACAGCCAUAUCAGCUGAGAGCACACCUAUGCAGGUUGUGACCCUGCUCAAUGACCUCUACACCUGUUUCGAUGCCAUCAUUGACAACUUUGAUGUUUACAAGGUGGAGACCAUUGGUGAUGCCUACAUGGUGGUGUCCGGCCUGCCGGUGAGGAACGGGAAGCUACACGGCCGAGAGAUCGCCCGCAUGGCCCUGGCUCUGCUCAACGCCGUACGCACCUUCAAAAUCCAACACCGGCCUGACCAGCAGCUCAAACUACGCAUUGGCAUCCACAGCGGCCCUGUGUGUGCAGGAGUGGUGGGGCUGAAGAUGCCACGGUACUGUCUGUUUGGAGACACAGUCAACACCUCUUCACGACUGGAGUCCAAUGGUGAAGCGCUGAAGAUCCAUGUGUCUGCGGCCACGCGUGACGUCCUGCAGGAGUUCAACUGCUUCCAGCUGGAGCUGAGAGGAGACGUGGAGAUGAAGGGGAAGGGGAAAAUGACCACCUACUGGCUACUGGGAGAGAGCAAGAACAACGAGUCAACGAGCUAAGGGGACGAGCCAAGGGAAGGAGGGAGGAAGGUGGUGGAGGAGGAAAACUUGAGCAAAUAAUGGGAACCACUGAUUUGAAGUGCUGGAGCAAGUAAUCAAAUGAAGAGGCCUGGUGAAUGAAUGAGGUGGGGGGGUAGAUGAGGAAGAGGACAAGGAAGGAGGAUGUGGAGAACUUUCUUCACUUCAGCCCUCCUGCACUCGAACAUCUAGAUUUUAAGGACAUAUAGAAAGCUACAUGUUCUGAGAGUGUGUGUGUGAUGUUCUGUGUAUACGUUUUUCCAGUUUUAUUUCCGUGUUGGAGGUCUUGGAUGCAACACUGAUGGUAUUUUAGAUCGGUAAAAAAAAAAUUGGUUCACAAACAAACCUUUACAGGAGAUUGUGGAUAUUGCUACCUGGUGGUCACAUUAUGUAACUGUUUUUUGAAUUCAUGUCUUUUAUGAGUACACAGUAUCCCACUGGGCACAGACGUCAGUUCAACAUCUAGUUGUGAUUUAAAUUUGGUUGAGUUGUCAACUAAUGUGAAUUCAAUGUGAAAUAAACAAUAAAUAUCACUAUGUCAUUGGAUUUAGGUUAAGAUUUGGGUGAAAAAAAUACAAAAUGCCCUUACGUUGAUUACUUUUUUACAAAUCCAAUCAGUUUUCCAUGUUGACUCAACAUCAUCACAUACAUUUUCGGGGUUGAAAUGACAUAGAAAUUAGGUUCAAACUUCUUUUACCCAGUGGGAUUUAUAAUUUGAUUAAUUUCCACUGUAGCCUUUGUGAUUAUGUAUCCCCAGACCCCAACCACUAUAACUGAGCCUACUCUGGAGUUAAAAUGACUUGUUUGAUAUGUGUGUGUGGGUGUGCGAGUGUCUAAUGUCUCAUCAGUGUAUAUGAUUUGUCCGUUUACAGUCAUAUUACGGUCUUAUUAUUUUGUAUAAUACAGAUGUUGUUUAUUUCUCAAUAGAUUACUUUUCUAUUGCCUAAAGGGCAAUUCACAGAAAUGCACUUAAGAUAAAGUCAAGCAUUCCACUUCUUCGGCACCAUAGACAGUUUCAUUAUUUUCAGUGAAGUGUACGAUUGCCUAUGAAUCUGUCUAAUAAGAUUCAAUUUAAUGCAUUAUUGUUGCCAGCAGCAUACCACCCUGCAUACCACUGCUGGCUUACUUCUGAUUCUAAGCAGGGUUGGUCCUGGUCAGUUCCUGGAUGGAUGCUGCUGGAAGUGGUGUUUGAUGCUGCUGGAAGUGGUGUUGGAGGGCCAGUAGGAGGCACUCUAUCCUCUGGUCUAAAAAAAUAUCCCAAUGCCCCAGGGCAGUGAUUGGGGACACUACCCUGUGUUGGGUGCCGUCUUUUGGCUGGGAUGUUAAACAGGUGUCCUGACUCUCUGAGGUCAUUAAAGAUCCCAUGGCACUUAUUGUAAGAGUAGGGUGUUAACCCCGGUGUCCUGGCUAGAUUCCCAAUCUGGCCCUCAAACCAUCACGGUCACCUAAUAAUCCCCAGUUUACAAUUGGCUCAAUAAUCCCCCUCCUCUCCCAUGUAACUAGUCUCCAGGUCGUUGCUGCAAAUGAGAACGUGUUCUCAGUCAACUUACCUGGUAAAAUAAUGGAUAAAUAGUGAAAACAUACAGCUGAGCUUACAUCAUACACAUCAUACACAUAUGCCAUGGCUGUCUCAGUCACCAGAUCUCGACCCAAUUUAAUACUUAUGGGAUAUUCUGGUGCGUUUUCCACCACCAUUAACAAAAUACCAAAUGAUGGAAUUUCUUGUGGAAGAAUGGUGCCGCACUUGUAGAAUUUAUGCUACUUUAUGCUAAGGUAAAUUGAAGCUGUUCUGGCUCAAAUCCCUAUUAAGCAACUUUAUGUUGGUGUUUCCUUUAUUUUGUCAGUAACCUGUAUUCAACAGUAAUUGAAGACAGGUAACCAUUUUCUGCUGGAAAGACAGACUCUUGACAGAGGAUCGUUUUAUGAAAAUUGUGGAUGCACAGCUGGACACACACUGGCUCUUGAUUUCUGAAUGGAUUUGUCUGAACUGCUACUCUGAAAACACCCUGAAAUAAAAAUUAAGAGGUCACCAGGGAACUUUUAGAAAGGGUUCACACUGAGAUCCUCUACAACUUUGCAAUAACUAACCGCGUCAAAAGGACUAAAUUAAUUCUGGGGUAGAUAUGUAUAAAGGACUAAAUGAAUUCUGGGGUAGAUAUGUAUAAAGGACUAAAUUAAUUCUGGGGUAGAUAUGUAUAAAGGACUAAAUGAAUUCUGGGGUAGAUAUGUAUAAAGGACUAAAUUAAUUAUGGGGUAGAUAUGUAUAAAGGACUAAAUUAAUUCUGGGGUUGAUGUGUAUAAAGGACUAAAUUAAUUCUGGGGUUGAUGUGUAUAAAGUUCCAUAUUUUGGUUUGGUGUUCACAGUAACCUUUUGAGUUUGAGAGUCAUGGAGAAUGGUAUUGUUUUUUGCGUCUCAAGCCAACAGUGUUCAUCAUCUGUUGAGAAGUGUUGAACAGAUCAAUACUGUCUGUAAGACCUCAUAAAUCAGCCUGUCGACAUGUAUUUUCAUCUCGUGUUUUCGGCUUGAAUCAGUAAAUAAGGUAUAAGUGUAUUAGUGGCUGUUUUAGUUCUGUGUGUCCCUAUCAGUGGUGGGGUGUAUGUACAGUGGGGCAAAAAAGUAUUUAGUCAGCCACCAAUUGUGCAGGUUCUCCCACUUAAAAAGAUGAGAGAGGCCUAUAAUUUUCAUCAUAGGUACACUUCAACUAUGACAGACAAAUGAGAAGAAAAAAAAUCCAGAAAAUCACAUUGUAAGAUUUUUAAUGGAUUUAUUUGCAAAUUAUGGUGGAAAAUAAGUAUUUGGUCACCUACAAACAAGCAAGAUUUCUGGCUCUCACAGACCUGCUUCUUUAAGAAGCUCUCCUGUCCUCCACUCGUUACCUGUAUUAAUGGCAACUGUUUGAACUUGUUAUCAGUAUAAAAGACACCUGUCCACAACCUCAAACAGUCACACUCCAAACUCCACUAUGGCCAAGACCAAAGAGCUGUCAAAGGACACCAGAAACAAAAUUGUAGACCUGCACCAGGCUGGGAAGACUGAAUCUGCAAUAGUAAUUUGCAUAAUUUGCAGCUUGGUUUGAAGAAAUCAACUGUGGGAGCAAUUAUUAGGAAAUGGAAGACAUACAAGACCACUGAUUAUCUCCCUCGAUCUGGGGCUCCAUGCAAGAUCUCACCCCGUGGGGUCAAAAUAAUCACAAGAACGGUGAGCAAAAAUCCCAGAACCACACGGGGGGACCUAGUGAAUGACCUGCAGAGAGCUGGGACCAAAGUAACAAAGCCUACCAUCAGUAACACACUACGCCGCCAGGGACUCAAAUCCUGCAGUGCCAGACGUGUCCCCCUGCUUAAGCCAGUACAUGUCCAGGCCCGUCUGAAGUUUGCUAGAGAGCAUUUGGAUGAUCCAGAAGAAGAUUGGGAGAAUGUCAUAUGGUCAGAUGAAACCAAAAUAUAACUUUUUGGUAAAAACUCAACUCGUCGUGUUUGGAGGACAAAGAAUGCUGAGUUGCAUCCAAAGAACACCAUACCUACUGUGAAGCAUGGGGGUGGAAACAUCAUGCUUUGGGGCUGUUUUUCUGCAAAGGGACCAGGACGACUGAUCCGUGUAAAGGAACGAAUGAAUGGGGCCAUGUAUCGUGAGAUUUUGAGUGAAAACCUCCUUCCAUCAGCAAGGGCAUUGAAGAUGAAACGUGGCUGGGUCUUUCAGCAUGACAAUGAUCCCAAACACACCGCCCGGGCAACGAAGGAGUGGCUUCGUAAGAAGCAUUUCAAGGUCCUGGAGUGGCCUAGCCAGUCUCCAGAUCUCAACCCCAUAGAAAAUCUUUGGAGGGAGUUGAAAGUCCGUGUUGCCCAACAACAGCCCCAAAGCAUCACUGCUCUAGAGGAGAUCUGCAUUGAGGAAUGGGCCAAAAUACCAGCAACAGUGUGUGAAAACCUUGUGAAGACUUACAAAAAACAUUUGACCUCUGUCAUUGCCAACAAAGGGUAUAUAACAAAGUAUUGAGAUAAACUUUUGUCAUUGACCAAAUACGUAUUUUCCACCAUAAUGAAAAAAUCCUACAAUGUGAUUUUCUGGAUUUUUUUUUCUCAUUUUGUCUGUCAUAGUUGAAGUGUACCUAUGAUGAAAAUUACAGGCCUCUCUCAUCUUUUUAAGUGGGAGAACUUGCACAAUUGGUGGCUGACUAAAUACUUUUUUGCCCCACUGUAUAUCUGAUCCCCACUUUCACUAUUAUCAAAUAUCUUUAGAUUACUUCAUUAAACCCUCCUCUAAUCCAGGGCAACCUAGACAAAAUGAGCAAUACUGUAGUUUAGGGUUCUUUCUCCCUGCCCCUGUCCUUCUUUUCUCUUUCUCAGUCAAUCAUCUCUGACUAAUCUCUCUCUCUCCCCAAGGAUCAAAUGUAACCCUUUCCCUUAGAUCAGAGCCCACGGGUGUGUAUAAGAAUAAGCCUUAAACUGUAACCUGUCAUCCAUCAUAAGGUAAUGUAGUCAUUAUCUAAUGUGUCUUGAAGCCUGUGAAGUAUGUGUUUGAUCUCUGUAACAUCAAGUGCUUGAGUGAAGUAGACAAUAUAUAUAACUGUUUCUAUUGUAGCUUUGAAAUGUACUAAACCUGAUUUUACUCCAUUUCCUUUA